AAAAGGCGUCUCCUUCCUCAGUCGCAUAAUCCCGGGCAAGAAAAAGGACCGGCAUUCCGAUGCUGAAGACGAUGUAUCUGAGUCCGAGAACGGCCGCAUGGACCCCGACGCCGCUGCACAACCUAUAGGUUUCAUUCCUCGAUUCCCGCGGCCACCGAAAUACCUUAAAGUUCGCGCGCACUAUAAGAAGGAAAAGACGUUCGACCGGGUUUUCGUCGCGCAAGAACUCCAAGGUGCUGAUGGUAUAUUGGGUGCGGCGGAUAAGGAUGUAACCAGUUCGGUAGCUGGGUCCGAGAAAGGUCAUGAUACUGGGAAAGCUGUAUGGUCGCUUGUCUUCUCCAGAGAUGGGAAAUACCUUGCAGCCGCGGGACAGGAUCGAAAGGUUCGUAUCUGGGCCGUCAUCGCUUCGCCCAGCGACAGAGACGAGGUCGAGAGCGAUGAAGAACAGGAUAACGACGAGCUUCCCAAAUUGAAAGCACCAGUGUUCCGGUCGAAGCCUAUUCAAGUGUUUGAGGGACAUACAGGCAGUAUCCUAGACCUGAGCUGGAGCAAGAAUAAUUUCCUUCUCUCUUCAUCUAUGGAUAGGACGGUCCGCCUGUGGCACGUAACUAGGCCCGAAUGUCUAUGUUGUUUCCAGCACAGCGAUUUCGUCACGUCGAUUCAAUUCCACCCCCGCGAUGACCGUUUCUUCCUCGCAGGAUCCCUUGAUACCAAACUUCGACUUUGGAGUAUCCCGGAUAAAAGCGUUGCGUUUGUGGUAUCGGUACCAGCAAUGAUUACAUCGGUCGCUUUCACUCCAGAUGGCCAGUACGCAAUAGCCGGGUGUUUGAACGGACUAUGCAUCAUAUACCAAACGGACGGCCUAAGACCAGUUGACCAGAUGCAUGUACGGUCUGCGCGCGGUCGUAAUGCGAGGGGUAGUAAGAUAACGGGAAUCGACACCAUUUCUCUUCCUCCUAACGACUCCAAUGCGGAUGUCAAGCUCUUGAUUACCAGCAAUGAUUCUCGCAUCAGACUCUAUAACUUCAGGAAUCGAUCCCUAGAGGCUAAGUUCCGUGGCAACGAGAACACUUGCAGUCAAAUUCGCGCGUCGUUCAGUGACGAUGGGAAGCAUAUCAUCUGUGGAAGCGAGGAUCGUCGAACAUAUAUCUGGCCCACUAAUACCACUGAGAAAGACAUGGAUAAACGUGCGGUUGAGGUAUUCGAAACACACUCGUCCAUGGUGACAGCGUCCAUGAUGGCCCCUGCAAAGACCAAACAGAUCCUGGGUUUCUCAGAAGACCCGGUAUACGACAUUUGCAACCCACCGCCAGUGACGCUGGUAGGCAAAGGGGAUGAGUCCCCAGAAAAGGACCGCGAUUCGGGGAAUCGGAACUCCGGUGCUAGCAAGCAGGCGCAAGAGUCGCCUACGUAUAUUUCCCGUUCUACACACCCGGAUGGCAACAUCAUUAUUGUAGCCGACUAUUCGGGGAGGAUCAAAGUUCUGCGACAGGACUGCGCGUACCAGAAGCGGCGCUAUGCUAACUGGGAUGCCCACUCCACCAUCUCCAAAAGGCUCUUUCGACGGUCCAACUCGACGCGCCAUAGCCUGGCAUCGUCCAUCGGAAAAGACUCACACAAGACCCCCUCCGAACGGAUCCUAUCCUGGCGCAAUUCCGUCAUCCGACAUAAUGCAGGCCACGCCAACGGUGACCGCACGCCCGCAAGGACGCGGAGCCCUUCAGGAAAAUCCAUCCCUAAUGCUUCACGCUACUCAAGUCCAGGAGGUGGGUCGAGGCCACGUACCGACUCUCGCUCUUUCACCAUGUCUCCAUCACCCUCAACAUACAAAAACUCCGUCGACAGCGCACGCUCCAGUGCCGAAACAUCGCGACAAAACACUAAACCUCGAAAACGCGAACCUAUCCCCAAAUCUCCCUUGCCAUUGUCAUCCACUGCAAUUGUCGCUAGCGGCGAAGACCACGAUAACCCAUUAUGGAUCCAGGGGGAACAAAGCAACGCCUAUUGGAAUAAGAUCACGCACGACGCUUUUGCAGCGCAGAACCGCCAGUCUCGUCUACUUGCUCCGGAUCGACUACCUGUUCCUGACACAGAUCGAAAAUUGAGUGUUGGGAGCGAGUUCUUGAGCAGCGAUUAUGCAUCGUCAAAUGGGGAAGGUGAUGACGGGGAUGUUCUGAAGUGCGAUAAUUGCCAGGGGACGAAUUUCCAAGCGAGUAGGGGGAGGAAUGGGAAGCAGAGGCUGGUUUGUGUAACAUGUUUGAGGCCGGUGAAUUCGUGAUUUUGGUUAUCUUUUUUACAUCUCUUUAUAUUCUGCAAUUUUGGUUUAUGAAUCGUUGGCAUGAACGGUGUUUUGGUUAGAUUGUGAUGAGAUACCUGUACAUGGCAUGGUGUUUGGAAUAACGUGGUUGGCACGGAGUAUAUUACACGAGAAAUGUGACAUAUGGCAUUACGUAUAUACGCAAGAGAACAUUCAUUUCAAUUGAUUCAAUUUACAUACUCGUGUCUUCAGUCCUAAGCCCUCAACCAUUUUACAAUCGACUUUCCCUUCCCGUUCUCGGACCGACUCCACGCCAGCUAUCAUCAGGUUGGAAGUUGUUGGUCAAGUCUGAAGGGACCACGAGAAGACCAG